AUGAAUCAUUCAUAUGAAGUAGCAGAAGAAGAAUGUAGAGAUGAUUUGAUGAAUGUUGGUCUCUCAUAUGAAGAAGCUUUUGAUGAAAAUGAAGCUGGAACUCGUUCUUCUAUCAAUCAGAUAAACAACCAUGUUGAUAUCUCUCCAAAUGAGAUAAAAGGAAAUGUUGUUAACGAAGCACGACCAUUAAAAAAACGUUCUUUUUUGGACAACACGCAGCGGAAAAUUAUUUCUGAAAUAUUGAUAAAUUCUUGUAGUGAAGGAAAACUUAAUCGUGGAAUUGUUAAAAAAGUUGCUUCCUCUUAUUCAGUCUCUACAAAUGUUAUUUAUCGGAUUUGGAGACAGAUUAUUGAAACAGGUGAUGCAUGCCUCAAGAAAACAAAAAAUUGUGGUCGUAAAAGAGUUGAGAUAGACUUUGAAAAAAUUCGUGAUAUUUCGUUACCUAAGCGUAGCACUUUUCGAUCUUUAGCAAAAACUUUAGGUAUUAGAAGCAAGUCAAUAUUGGAAAAAUAUGUGUCUGAAGGUGUAUUGCAUAAACAUUCAAGUGCGUUGAAGCCACAUAUGAAGGAUGAUAAUAUGAAACAACGUCUUAGAUUCUGCUUGAGCAUGCUUGAGGAAAAUAGCAUUCCUCAUGAUCCAAUUUUUAAAUCCAUGCAUAACAUUGUGCACAUAGAUGAAAAAUGGUUCUAUAUGUCAAAAAAUUCAACAAAUUAUUACCUUCUUGCAAAUGAGGAUGAUCCAUAUAGGACUUGCAGAAACAAAAAUUAUAUUCAAAAGGUCAUGUUUUUAGUAGCGGUGGCUAGACCCAGAUUUGAUGAUGAAGAUAAUGUGACAUUCACUGGAAAAAUUGGUGUGUUUCCGCUAGUUGAUAAAGUGCCAGCAAAAAGGUCAAGUGUCAAUCGAACAGUAGGGACACUUGAAACAAAACCAAUUACUUCUAUCACCAAAGAGGUCAGUCGAAUGUUUUUAAUAAACAAGAUCUUACCAGCCAUCAAAGAAAAAUGGCCACGAGAGCAUGCAUGUGAGACCAUUUUUAUUCAGCAAGAUAAUGCACCGUGUCAUGUUUCUUUAGAUGACGAAGAAUUUCGUGGAGCAGCUUCUGAAGGAGGCUUCGACAUUCGUUUGACUUGUCAACCACCUAAUUCUCCCGAUUUAAAUGUUUUGGAUUUAGGUUUUUUCAGUGCCAUACAAUAA